AUGAGAAACAUUGCGAGACGAGGAGCCAAAUCAGAUAUUCAUUUUAUUGCGGAUAUCGAUAUGAUAAUGAGUGAAGGAUUCGCGACGAAAGUGAAACAGAUUUCGAAUGAAAUGAUUGACGGGAAGAGUAAGAAAGUUCUGGUUGUUCGACGAUUCGAAAGCAACCAUACCACUAUUCCAACCAAUCACAAACAAUUGUUUAGUGCUGUGAAAAACAAGAAGUUCGGAGAGAAAAGAAAAAGAAGAAUCUCACAAAAGAUUUUCAGAGUAUUUCAAUUCCACCAUCGAUACUUCUUCGUGGGACACCAAAUCCCAAAUAUUUCGUAUUGGUUCGAAGUCUCCAAUGCAUCCGAUACAAUUAGUGCAUGGGAAAUUCCUUAUCAAGGCAGUGUUUGGGAAGUUCAAGUGAUUCUCCACCGAAAUGAUCCCUACAAUGCGGAUUAUUUUCCGGCAAGAGUCAGAGAUAUGCAGUCAUUGAUCUACAGUUUAUGUCGUGCAAACUACACAUUCAACCUUCUUUCCCACGUGUUUGAUGUUCAUGAAGGCAUCAAAACGAAGGAUACAGAUUACUCGAAAUCUGUGAGUGCCUAUUCUCGGAAAUAUGGAAGGCAAAAAGCAUACAGUCGAUAUGUCAAUGAGAUGAAUACCAUAUACCCAUCGACUUUUGAACGGUGUGGGAAGUUUGAGAUGUAA